UUAAAGGCUAUUUACUUCCCUAUGACGGGGACUAGAUCCUGCACCACAUCUGUCUGCACCAUUAUUCCAAGCAAGGAGUCUGCCCGCAAUCCUCGCUUUCCCUCAGUAGAAGCCAUCCUUGGUUCACAGCACCAGAUCUAUUCUUGCUAUGUUAGCGUCAACGUGACGGGCCUUCAGCAUGGAGAGACAUUCCUUGUCUUCUUCCAGUUUGCGGCAACAUUACCCAUCAAUGAUAGCCUUGAAGCCUCAUUUCCUGACCUUGAGUGGAGGGGUGGGAUUCUCACAAUGAGAGUCGGUCAAAUGAGGCAGGUAACAGGCCUCCGGAAUGGAAGGGUGCAACGCCUUGCACAGCUCGCUAUUCAACGGUAUGUUCAAGUAAGACCAAACCUAUAUCAUAUUGAUGGGGGAUCUCCAGUACUGUGA